AUGGCCCUCGCCCUACGCACCCUGCACGCCCUCAAAACACUCGCGUUGGGAUUCCAGACUCCGCUUCCCACCCGCUUCGUCCCGCGCUCCCACGUCGCCGCGCAGCGCACACAGCAGCACCUCGCGUGGAAAACGCUCGUGGACGGCGGUCCCCCUGUUUGGAGUCGGCGGCUGCGCAGCUUGAGGCUUGAGGAUGCGGAGAUAGAAACGGCGCAGUUGGGUAUGCUGGUUUCCGAGAGCGCGGCGUGUGACGAGCUUGUGCUGGAGGGGUGUCGGAAUCUAGGGAAGGAGGUCUGGUGCGAAUUGCAGAUGUGGAUUGGGAGAGGGCGAGUGCGUGUGUUGGAGGUCGCCGAGUGUGGUGGUGUGUUGGGGGAGAAGGCUCUGGAUGGGAUUGGGGGGAUGGGCGGGUUGGAGCGAUUAAAUCUAUAUGACUGCCGCGAGGCGCAACCAGGCUUGAUGCAGCGCUGCAACAGCACCGUAUGGCGUAUACCGCAUUUUGUAGCGCCGAGACCAACGACGCGCGGGGCGGACAUGGUGAUUGAAGUGGAUCCCGAAUACAUCGCUUAG